ACGGGCUGUCAUUGCUCUCAAGUCCUGGGUUCAGCUGCAUUGUCUGUAUUAACUCUGAAUGUUCUCCCUUUAUCUUUGUUUUUUUUUCCUGCCACAUCCCCAAACUGUGGCCCAGUAUACCUAAAGUCUGACACUCGCAUAAACCUAAAGGGCAAAGACAACAUUACAUUUACAUGGGUGUCAAAUGUACUAACUUUAUAACUGAUGAUUGCAUGCCCCGGAACAAUAUCAAAGUAAACAAUUACCAGUAAGACUCACCUGAAAUAUCUGCUGGAGCCGUUUGAGUUGGUCGGUAUCAUCUGCCAAAAUGAUGAUAAUAAUAAUGAAACGGAGGAAAGUUAAUCACAAGUCGAAAAACAGCACGAUCGUUCAAGUGGCUGAAUACAGGGGUUUGCUGAGCAGAAUUCUAAGAGUUACCUGUUCAUUCCGUGGGCUGACGCCUCGGGCCGUGCGCGCGUAUCGCUGCUCCCACUCUCAAACGCCGCGGCCGCCGCCAAGUUUCCAGCAUCCGAGCGGAGCGGCCCGAGCGCUGCUCUGCACUCGAUUGCUUCGGCCUAGCGCGGUGCAGUGGCGGGGCGAGGUGGGGGCGGCGAGUGGAAGCAGAAGCGCCUCAUUUCCUGGAGACCAGGCCAGAGCAGCCGAGCGCAGAGGCCUUUCCUUUUUGCCCCCUUUGUGUGUGUUUAUAUAUUUAUAUAUUUGUAUAUUUUUUAAGAAAAGACUUGUAAAAGGAAAAGAGAAGGAAACAAAAGUCGGCCAGCGCGCGCGCUCACAGUGCAGGACCAAAGACGACGAGGAUGUUCGCUUUCGUGCGCUUCUUGGAGGACGACGUGUGCUACGCGCUGCCGGUCUCCAGUGUGAAGGAUUUCAGACCUCGGCACAAGACGGACUUCGACAACCAGAAGGUGUAUGUGGUGCACCGGACCGAGGAGCAUGGCACAGGCCAGCCGGGCAAGGCGCAGAUCCUGGCCCUGUCAGAAAAUAUCCAAGAGUUUGAGAACAGUAUUCUCCAGAAGAAGAUGAAGAUUCCCAAAAUGUCCUCUAACGACAUGGACAGUUCACCACAGAACCAUUUUGAGGAGGACGCCAUGCCACUCAGACAUAAAAAGGCACAAGAACACGGACGCUCGAGUGCCAACUCGUCAAAAAGCCUCGCUGCUGUGGUGGCAAGGCUGGAGCGCAACGCUGUGAACUCGUACGCCGAGGGAGAGGAAGAUUACGAAGACAGUCUUGUGGAGGACUGUGGGGGGACAGAUGAGGCGGUGGUCCCACGGGUGCUCUAUGAGGAGCUGGUGCGGAGUUACAGACAGCAAGAGGAGGAAAUGCAGCGCCUCCAGCAGGAACUGGAACGCACGCGCAGGCAGCUGGUGCAGCAAGCCAAGAAAUUAAAGGAAUACGGCAGCUUAAUGACUGAAGUCAAAGAGCUGAGGGACUUCAACAGGAGGUUACAAGACGUACUACUCAUGAGGCUCGGCAGCGAACCCAUGCUUGACAACGGCACUCAGACAAUCAAAAUAGAGCAAGUAGAACCAGUAAUAGAGCCGCAGGAAAUCUGUCGAGAAGAAGCAAAUGCCAGCUCAAGCUCAAGCCACUCGCCUUCUCCAAGAACAGUAUACACAUUCAACGACGGAAAGGUACAUCUGGGUGGCGGUAUCUGGGUAGACGAGGAAAAAUGGCACCAGCUUCAGCGAACACAAGGAGACUCCAAAUUCACCAAAAACCUUGCUGUCAUGAUCUGGGGCACAGAAACACUAAAGAACAGAAGUGUCACUGGGGUGGCCACCAAGAAGAAGAAAGACGCAUUACCAAAGCCCCCUUUAUCACCUAGCAAACUCAAAAUUGUCAGAGAAUGUCUGUUUGACAGAAUAUCACAAGAAACCGCAGACAGUGCCGAGAUCACGCAGAGACUGUCCAAAGUAAACAAAUACAUCUGCGAAAAGAUCAUGGAUAUCAACAAAUCCAUCAAGAACGAGGAGCGGCGGGAAUCGAAACUGCUCAUCAGGCAGUCGGUCAAGAUGGACAACUUCAACUACGAUGGCAUGUAGUGUUAAAAGUUGUCACCAUAGCUCAUUCUGUUUCUAUGGCGAGCCUCAAAAACGGAAAAGGGGAAAUGGAAUUUGGUCCCCCCUCCUCCCCCCCCUCCUCUUCCUCCCCCGUUCUGGCCCUUUACUAGGAUUUUCACAAAUUAUUAAAGAUUAGGGGAGGAGGAGGAGGAGGAAGAAACCCCCAAGAGUUGCAGGCAGCUGGUGCGUCCCAGACGUAGCAGAGGCACAAAGGUACGGGGAGGAGAUCCGGGCGCCCGCUGAGACGGAGUAACGCUAACAGUCCAUGUACAGUACAGGCGGGAGUGGCUGGCGCGGCUGGCACUGACGUAGCGAACGGCCUCUUAGACGUCUCUCUGUUCAGGAAGCUCACUGCUUCUGCCAGCUUGAACCUAAAUUGGUGCAGGUAAUGGUUUUUUCGGUGUAAAUGAUGUACAUAAAAAAGCUUUUGAGUGCCAAAAUGACUCCGGUCACAUGCAAUACUUUAAUGCUUUGAUUGGUUUGUUUUUUUUCUCCCCCUUCCCUCCAAUUUGUGGUCUCCCUGCAGCAUCUUAAGUGACAAACAACAAGGCAGUUGAACGUCCCAAGCACACCUGCUCAUGCACUUUGACUUCUUGACCGCUCAGUUCACGGUAGCGAUGACCCCUGCUGUGAUAAGUAAGCCAAACGCCCGCCCGCCCGCCUGCCACCUUACCAGCAUUUGAAGUGACUCGUCACACUCGGUCGCGCUCUGCGCAUUUCAUGCCAAGUCCUGUACGGAAAUCGCAGCUCACUCGCUUUUUAGGAAUUCUGUCGAUAAUGUUACACGUCAUGAUUUUAAUCUGUGGAAUUUUUUUAUUUGUUUUUCCAACAAACCAAAAAGGCGCACAGUGGGGCUGAUGUUUUAAAUUGACGCGACUCCUUACCGUCGGCCCCCCGGUCGAGAGAGAGAACAUGCCGUCCGCUCUCCUCAUCACAGGCUUGCUGUAGGGAGCAAACUGAGAAACGGCGACAACUUCUAGCAGGACUUGCCAUCACAGCGUUUUCUUUAUUUUUGUGUUUUUAUUUCGUAUAUCAAACCGAGGCUUGUUUGGCUGACUACAGCUGGUAACGAAUGCUGCAUUAGGAGUUCUCAACUGUGACCACGUUUAUUUUUAUUUCUCUUUUUGGAACUGUGACUAUCCUGCUGGUUUGCCUCCAGCCCCUCUCUGCUCUCCUUCAGCUCCAUUAGUCUUGAGGUUUUCAGGGUUUUUCACUUCCUGUAUAUAAUUUAUAUUUGUCUGUCUGUUUGUUUUUUAAUAGUUAGUCCAGUGUUCCUCUGUCACCUUCAAUCGGUACCAUUAGAAAUUCUUCUUCGCUAGGCUGCUUAUUAGAGUUUUUUUACUCUGUCACUGGCUUAUAAAUUACAAAAGACCACCGAAAUGUCGAUGUGUUCCGACACGCACGGCGUCCGCUUUAUUGGUAUCCAGCCCGCCUGCGCGUAGUCGUCGUUUGUGUUCCAUUCUUUCCUCGCCCCUGUCCUAGUUAGUUAGUACGUUUACACGUAGAAGACGACGACUUUUAUAAAGUGUGCGAUUUUUUUCCUGCGCUUGUCCAAAUUCAGUUCGCCACACCUGAGGUUGAAACGCUGGCACGGCUACGAAUGGAAAUCUUUCUCAGGGUUUGUCUCAUUGACCCGAACGCCCUGGGGUUGCACACAGAGACGUUCCUCUUUUAUUUAUUUUACAUUCUGUUGUUUUUUUUGUAACGAGUAAAUAGUUUUAGGAAUAAAAGCAAAUGUUUUAUAUGUUAUAAGCUCUUAAUUCAGGGACUUUACAAGCGUGCUUUCACUUCUCUUAAUAUAAGGGAGCAAAAGAGACAUUUAUGACAAACGAGGCAAAGGGAAAGCGGCGGGCAGCCCAAAAACAAAAUGGCUGAACUGUAGCAGAAAACCCGAGAGUAGAGACGCUGACCGUUGACUCGCUUUUUAGGCAAAGCCGUUUGUGUUGAUUUUAAUUUUCGAGAUUAUAAGAGCAUCUGAGCGAUUUCCCGUUGCUUACAAACUGUGAAUGUGACACCCAGCGAUUCAGUCAGGCGACUGUGGGCUUCGAACCUUUUGCCGUAUUUGUUUCUCAGACCCGCUGUAAUAAAUAAGUAAACCUGCGGUCAUCUUGAGAGCAGAGCUAAGAUUGCAAACCCGAUGGCACGCUAGGUCUCUCUGGUUUUUGGUCUCUCCGUUUUGUUGAAUAUUUUAGCUCUCACGGUGAACACUUUUGCACUUUACAAAGCACAGCGGAAUACGACACAAGGAGUGCAAGCUGAUCGGACGGGGGUCUCGAACAUUCGCUGUUGCUGUCGCUCUCGUCUCGGUCCAAGUGAUUUUUUUUUUUAAUCAUUCUUCAGGUUUAUUCGUAUCUUUGGCUUGCCUACUAAGACGACACUCGGAUUAUUGGGGUCCACAGAGGAAGCCCCCUCAAAAUACGAUGGCCGUGAGUUUGGAAUGUCGUCACUUCUGCCAGGAUGGUAGUCUGUCACCAUUCAGGCAGACUCAGGAUGGAAUGCCAAUGUUCCGGUUUCGUUUGGUGGUCUUUAGCGACCGGAGCAGAAGGGGCAGAGCUUCUGUAAGACACCACUGGUCCCCCCGAUUUUCUUCAUCCAGUCUGCAGAUAAAGAUGGCCCAGUUGUUAUCGCCGACAUUUCUCCGCUCUUCCUACCUGCUUUAAGCCCCCCCAGGUGCUCUAUGGGUGCGAGAGCCAGCGUGACGAAUGCCCCGUUCUCAUUCUCUAAGACAUGGGGGGGUCAAACUAAGAACCUGGAAGGCCAAAGUGGCUGCAGGUGGUCUUUCCAGCCACGCCCGUAUGUAAUGAGCCAUUAUUGCUGCUAAUAGGACCCUCGUCUUUUAAGUUAAAUUGAAGGGACCUUCAACAAUGAGGUGUGAAAUGAGCCAACAGCUGACCACCUAACUCUGUGCCCGUCGUACGCCAUCUGUCUGAGUAAAACAUUUAAGAAGUGUGUGGUGCGGCAGAUGGAGAGUAGAGUUGAACUGGCCAGUGGUCCUCCGAGACCCUUGAGUUAGCUGCACUUCACGAUUGUGAGACCUGCAUUGUAAGAUUCACAGCCCGUGUUCCUCAGCAGUUCUAACAAUUUGAGAUGUUGUGAAUCUUAACGUGCGUGUGUUCAAAUGAUGGAGGAAAGUUCCUGCAGCCCCCCGCCGCUCUCGGUUUGAUGCCCCCGCUCCACGUGUUCUCCUUGAUUGAUGACAUUCCUGAAUCGUCGCUUUACUAUUGUGGCGUAUCUUGUACACAUUUGAGGCUGGCCGCUUCCGUUUAGGAGACGCGCUGCCUGCCAACGUUCUUUUGGUCUCGUCUGCCCUGCGUUGACAUCGUUGUAAAGUCGCCGUGUUGCAUUUGGUCCAGUAGGACGACUAGACGUUUGGCCGUUUUGUUUCCUUGAAACGUGCUUAGGAGCCGCCAUAAAGCUGCGCGCUUUGUUCGAGUGUCGAAUACAGUGUGGGCACGCGUGUGAAGGCAGGCACAUGCUAAAGUCAAAGGGGGCUUUACACUUCCCUUGUGGCCGUCACUAAUUGGGUUCGCGUGUCAGCCCGUGUCUUCGGGGUGUGUUGGUGCAAACGUCGCCCGCUGUGCGUUCCGCUCUCCCCGCCGCCAUCCUGCUUGGUUAGUUUGGUGUCAUACAUUCCAGAGACCGUGGCAGAGCGGACCUUCUCUUUUUCUUGGAAGUAAUGUGCCCAUUCAUGUCUUUCAGGUGUCAUCGUGGAAAUUCCAAAAAAAUCCGUAUCCCGUCAUUUCUAGUUUUGUAUAAUUUUUUCUUUUUUCUUUCCCCGACUUGAUCCACUGAUGACAAAUGAAAAGGAAUUAGAAAUCAAAGCAAACCCAAUCGAGUCGGCCCUGCACCAGCCAGCCCCUUUUCUCUUCUGGUCCAGAGACGGAGCGGCGGACCCUUGUGUGUAGCACGGCGGCAGCACGCGUCUCUCGGCCUUAAGUCUUCAGGAUGGAACCGCUGACCUGAGCCAGUUUCAACUUGUGUCAGUUACGUCAAGUGGCGACCAAUUGGAUUAUUCAUGUGGAAACUGUUCCGGCAAAUGUGCGUUGCACUCUGCGGGGUGCGACUAAUUUUGCCUCUUUGCAUCAUUUUUUGGUGUGUUCGCUGCAGCCUACAAUCCUGGUACUCUUUAAUGUACAGAUCAACAGAAUAAAUUCUGACUUUUAUUCUA